UGGAAAUCUACUCUCAUAUUUAUUUUGUUUGUGCAGGGUGAAGUAUAAUAAUGUUUCACAGAUCACAAUCCAUCAUGCUUCUAUCACUACAUGCAAAAAUUUGCUGCAAAGUUAGCAGAUCUCCUUUAUUCUUGGCGGCUAGUCAAGUUCGACUCUUUGGAAAUAUUCUGAAUUUCUUCUUCAGACCUGAUUUUGGUAAGUAUGAUGUAGUCAAAGUGCCAGGGGAAGUGAGCCCCGGUGGCCUCAUCCCUCCCCACAUAGCCACACCGCCCCACUGGCCCCAUGGCCGCCCCCUACCAUCCCCAGCAACAAUUGAAAUCAAACAAGAUCACCAGAUAGAAGGAAUGAGACGUGCUUGUGCCAUUGCACGCCAGGUCAUGGACGAGCUUGCUAAAACUAUUCAGGUUGGCGUGACAACGGAAGAAAUUGACCGUGUGGCCCAUGCUGCCAUCAUAGAGCGGGACAGCUUCCCAUCCCCGUUGAUGUACCGAGGCUUCCCCAAGAGCGUCUGUACGAGCGUCAACAACGUGCUGUGCCACGGCAUCCCUGACAACAGAGCUCUGCAGCACGGCGACAUCAUNGUUGGGACUGUUGAAUGUGUGUACCACGGAGGGUACCACGGCGACUGCUGCGACACGUGGUGCCUGGAGGGGGCGGACGCCAGGGCGCGCCAUCUCGUGCGCGUCGCCAGGCAGGCGCGUGACGCGGCCGUCGCCGUCUGCGCGCCUGGCGUGCCUCUAGCGCGUAUAGGCGAGAAAUGCGAGGAGGUGGCGAGGGCGGCGGGGCUGGCGGUGGUGCCGGUGUUCAUAGGCCACGGCAUCGGCUCCUACUUCCACGGCCCCCCGGACGUGUACCACUUCGCGAACAACGACCAGACGUUGAUGGAGGCGGGCAUGACGUUCACGGUAGAGCCCGUCGUGACGCAGGGCGCUGAGGGCGUCGUCAUCCUCGACGACGGAUGGACCGCAAUGACGCGCGACGACGCCCGCGCCGCGCAGUUCGAGCACACGGUCCUCGUCACGACAUCGGGCCACGACAUCCUUACGCAGUACACCCACAACCAAUGAGUGCCGCCACGACAUCCUUACGCAGUACACGCACGACCCAAUGAGUGUCGCCACGACAUCCUUACGCAGUACACGCAUGACCAAUGAGUGUCGUCACGACAUCCUUACGCAGUACACGCACGAUCCAAUGAGUGUCGCCACGACAUCCUUACGCAGUACACGCACGACCAAUGAGUGUCGCCACGACAUCCUUACGCAGUACACGCACGAGCAAUGAGUGCCGCCACGACAUCUCACGCAGUACACGCACGACCAAUGAGUGCCGCCACGACAUCUCACGCAGUACACGCACGACCUGUUUGUCCAGUGCUACUCGCGCAUAUUGAGUGGGUGCACCUAUAUUUCUGCUGUGGAAAUAACAAUUCCCUGCUGCUGUAUCAGCUUCAGAACGAGAUGAACUUAUAAGCAAAUGUAUCAAAUGUAUGAUGUAAUCGAGAUGAACUUGUAAGCAAAUAACUAGACAUUCAUGCUCGGGACGAGGCAUCGAACCAACAGCAGGCUUAUUGCAGGCUUGGCUGGCUUAUUCACCCUCAAUUAUGACUUAAACAUCCCACUGUACAACUACACUGAUUAUCCGUACCCUGGUUUAUCUGUACCCUGGUUUCGAUAAAUUUUCUAUAACGUGAACUUGAACUGAUAGUUGAUACCUUGAACUAGCAAUCCUGUAAAUUUUCGUGUUCAGAAGAAUGAAGCCGUAUGAAUAAGGUGA